AUGUGGCCAUUUACACGCUGCGGCGAAGACGCCUGCGAAAUACGUCCAAGACCCGUCACACUGGCCUCGUCCAUAGCCGCCCUUCCGUUUCUCUUUAUCUGCGUUUCGACAUCGAUUCUCGUCGUUCGCCACGUCUUCCCUCGAUUAAGCGCCGAUUCUGAGUCUCGCGACGGCGAAGAUCACGUCCUGCCUACACAUGCACCUGCGUGCUUGCGACAAGUUCACGCUGAACAUGGUGCCAAGAGCUGGCGACGGCGCGGCGCAGCGUGGACGUUUGGUCUUACUGUGGGAUUAGCUGCUACCCUGGGAGCACUGAUUAUGGACGAAAUUAUCGAGGUUGUAAACGCGGACUCGAGGAAUUUGGCUUUGAGGAUAACAGUGCCAAGUUUGCUGUUUCUACUGGUCGUACUGGUGCCUUGGCUCGAGUGUCGAUCGGUUGUUACGAGUGCGGGAUGGAGCUUCCAAAGGACUGCCAAAGGAAAGUUCCCUCGAGUGGCUUGGGGUCUACAAGCUGCUUUGUUCGUAGGAUGGCUGUUUGCUUUUUGGUCGGUUGGCCGUGCUGUGCCCGAGGGCGCGAUGCGCAAGACAAAUAUUGGAAGUGGAAGCCUGUCUGAGAUGCUGACACGCGGAUGUCUGGAGCGUGUUGGAGUUGUUGGUAUCUCACUGAUGGCCUUGCUGUCCGGUUUCGCUGCCGUUUCUUCACCGUGGCACGCUUUUAUGGAUCUUACUGCCCGUCGGAAGCGACCUGUUACGGAGGUUGAUGUUGCGAGGAAACAAGCUGGUCUGGAUACGGCAAAUGAGAUGCUUCUUACUAAGCGUCAUCGUCUGCAGUUUCUCGAGCGAAAAAUAUCUGGAGCCCAGAACGGAGCAUCGGCCAAGGGCAGUGGCCUCGUUGGCAAAGUCAUGGGCUCUCUACGUGGUCCGACUGGUGAUGAAGCAGAGAUGCGAUCACUGCGCCUUGAGAUCGCCGGUCUCGAGACUAUGGAGGCCAAUUUAGCAUCGGGAGUUUCUCUACUCAAAAGCCACCGAGCAGCCACCGUCCGGGCCUCUACAUCCCUAGGACGACUUCUCCUCAUCCCUUCGCAGCUUUUCAGCCUGUACUGUCUGUACCGUAUUGGCGCAACUACAAUUACCACCAUUCGCCGAGCAUCGUCGCCUACAUCAAGUUUCGCCAACACCGACCCUAUCAACCGCUUUUUAAGUAUCCUUGCACGUCACUGGGAUCCCAAGCUUGACCAGCUCGCAUGGGCACGCCUCAUCAGCUUCGCCCUUAGCGGUGUUAUCCUCCUCGCCAGCGCCAACAGCGUUGUCCAAACGUUUCACCUGUUUGCCAAAUGGACACCGGGUCUGCUCCGUCAAGCACAGGCCAAUCUGGCGCUGGUCGUUGGACAGAUUGCGGCGACUUAUGUCAUCUCAGCCUCGCUUCUCCUACGCAGCCAACUGCCUUCUGCCCUAGGCUCAGCUGUAGGAAGUGUCCUGCGAGGAGCGUUGAGUCCUGCCUUUGUAGAUGGCUGGUUCGAGGGGUGGUUCCUCGUAAGCAGCCUCGUGACGGCCAUUGGUAUCUGGGUGGGUAGAAAACUCGGGGGCGAUGAUGAGUGGGAUGAGUAUGGAAUGGAAGAGAUGGGCGCCAAGAUGUCAUAG